AUGCGAGAAAAGGUUUUCAUCGUCAUGUGGUCGUCGCCUCCAGAGGCCAUUGAACGCUUUAAAUCUCAAGAAAUGUGGUUUCCUCCGCCUCAGUUUUAUGAACUGUGUAGGCUGUGCAACUUCUCUUCACUACAUGAAUUACACAAGUUCAGCUCUGAUCGAGCUCUAGAGGGGUGUGAACGUUGGCUGCCUGUGAUGUUAACUGCUUCAGAUGGCUUCAUUCAGCUAUUGCCAGGGGAUGAGUUAUACCCAGAAGAUCCAGAUUAUACAGGAGAAAAGAAAAUAAUCAUGUCAACAGAUAAGAAGGUUGAAGAUCUCAUGAAAGAGGGUAGUGUAUUUCACAGGAUAGUAAUAAAAAACAUCCACAGUCUUGCGAUCCAUGUUAAUAUUGAAGCAAAAUAUAAACAUAUUAAUCCAUUGAUGAUAAACUCUGAUUGUUCAGAUUGCAAUAGCAGAUUAUAAUACCUGUUUGGUUUAAAGCUAGAAUAUUUUUUAUUAUACAUGUUCACUGUGGUUUUGCUCCUUUCUAACAGUUGCCAAAUAGUCAGGAAAAUAUUCCUCUGUUCUGCCAAAGCAUUU